AUGGCUUUGAAGGCGAGCUCCGGCGACAACCGGACCAGGAGCACGGUGUUCCUCUGCAUAGUGAUUGGCAUGUGCUGCUUCUUCUACAUCCUCGGCGCGUGGCAGAAGAGCGGGUUCGGCAAGGGGGACAGCAUCGCGCUGGAGGUCACGAAGCGCACCGACUGCACCGUCUUGCCCAACCUUAGCUUCGACACCCACCAUUCUAAAGCUACUAGUGGCGGCAGCUCUAGCGAUCUUGUUUCGCCGGCGAAGAAGUUCAAGCCGUGCGCUGAUCGCUACACAGAUUACACCCCCUGCCAAGACCAGAACAGGGCGAUGAAGUUCCCUAGAGAGAACAUGAAUUACAGAGAGCGGCACUGCCCAGCGCAGAAGGAGAAUCUGCACUGUCUGAUCCCACCUCCAAAAGGUUAUGUGGCUCCGUUCCCGUGGCCCAAGAGUCGGGACUAUGUCCCUUUUGCAAAUUGCCCGUAUAAGAGCUUGACGGUCGAGAAAGCCAUUCAGAACUGGGUUCAGUAUGAGGGUAAUGUGUUCAGAUUCCCUGGUGGAGGGACACAAUUCCCGCAAGGAGCCGAUAAGUAUAUUGAUCAGCUUGCAUCAGUCAUUCCGAUCGCCAAUGGAACUGUCAGGACUGCACUUGACACUGGUUGCGGGGUGGCUAGCUGGGGAGCUUAUUUGUUGAAGAGGAAUGUCUUGGCCAUGUCGUUUGCGCCAAGAGAUUCGCACGAGGCACAAGUGCAGUUUGCUCUGGAGAGAGGUGUCCCAGCUGUUAUUGGUGUCCUUGGUACAAUAAAACUUCCCUAUCCAUCGAGGGCCUUUGACAUGGCCCAUUGUUCCAGGUGCUUGAUUCCAUGGGGAGCAAACGAUGGAAUGUACAUGAUGGAAGUUGAUAGGGUUCUAAGGCCUGGUGGCUACUGGGUGCUGUCUGGUCCUCCAAUUAAUUGGAAGGUGAACUACAAGGGUUGGCAACGCACAAAGAAGGAUCUUGAGGCAGAGCAGAACAGAAUAGAGGAAAUUGCUGACCUUCUAUGUUGGGAAAAAGUCUCAGAGAAGGGUGAGAUGGCAAUAUGGAGGAAAAGGAUGAAUACUGAGUCUUGCCCUUCUAGGCAAGAAGAAUCAACUGUGCAGAUGUGUGAAUCAACAAAUCCAGAUGAUGUCUGGUACAAGAAGAUGAAGGCCUGUGUGACACCCCUUCCAGAUGUAAAAGAUGAAAGCGAAGUAGCUGGAGGAGCAAUCAAACCCUUCCCAGCCAGGCUCAAUGCAGUUCCUCCAAGAAUUGCUAAUGGUUUGAUCCCAGGGGUUUCGUCUCAGGCCUUUCAGAAAGACAAUAAAAUGUGGAAGAAGCAUGUGAAGGCUUACAGCAGUGUGAACAAGUAUCUGCUUACUGGUAGAUACAGGAAUAUUAUGGACAUGAAUGCAGGACUUGGGGGAUUCGCUGCAGCAAUAGAGUCCCCAAAAUCUUGGGUGAUGAAUGUUGUGCCAACCAUCGCAAAGAUGCCCACCCUGGGGGCUGUGUAUGAGCGAGGAUUGAUCGGCAUAUAUCAUGACUGGUGCGAGGCUUUCUCUACUUAUCCAAGGACAUAUGAUCUUAUCCAUGCUAACGGCCUUUUCACCUUGUAUAAAAACAAGUGCAGCAUGGAAGAUAUUCUCCUGGAGAUGGACCGCAUCUUGAGGCCUGAAGGUGCCGUCAUAAUACGGGACGAUGUUGACGUCCUGACCAAGGUGAACAGCCUCGCUCUGGGUAUGAGGUGGAACACGAAGAUGGUUGAUCACGAGGACGGCCCCCUCGUGCGCGAGAAGAUCUUAUAUGCCGUGAAGCAGUAUUGGGUUGGUGGGAAUCAGACGGCUGUAGCUUGA